CAGAAGCAAGGCGUUUGACAAGUAAAAAGCGGCUUAUUUUUCUGUACCAUUUCAGUACUAGGUUUUUUCUAUAUUUAAUUAUUUGAGUAUUUGUGCUAUUGAAAAUUAUAGAAUUUAAUUGCUACAAGAGAAAACGGUUUUUAGAUAAGGAAAGUGGCAAAUUAAUCGCUUAAACAAAUUGCAUAAAAUAGCUCUUCCGGUUAACAAAAUGGAGAAUAUUAAGACCAAUUUUGAUAAAAUAAUGGAAAAAUUCAAUGAUAGUAUGACAUAUUCUGCUCCGAAAAAGCUGAGUUUUGAAUACUUAAACGAUUCCUUCGCUGAUUCUGCUUCAUUACCUAAGAAACGUCGCCAUGAGAAUUCCAAUCUUAGUUGCGACAACGAAAGCAACGCAUCUAUAAGUAGUACACCAUCAAGUCCUUGGGAAACACGGCGCAUUAAAGCCGAUUUGAUCGAAGCUAAGUCUCGCAUUUCCAAGUUGAAGCUGGAAAUCGAGCGCCAGCACAAGCUACGUGCAGAAGUAGAAACUCUUUAUGAGAGCAAAGUGACUGAGCUGAAGAAGCAGUGUGAUUUUUCCGCUAAUAAAGUGCAGGACGUAGAAAAGCAUUUGCAAGUGGUGCGCAAACGUGAGCAGGGUGCCAAACAGGAGCUUAUACGCACUCAGCGGGAAUUGACACAACAAAAGCACCGUUACGAAGAAGAAAUACAUAAAUUACAACGUACUAAGUUGGAGAUUGAGGAUCAUUCGCGCCAAAUGCAAAACAGCAUGGAGAAUGAGAUAAGUGAAUACCGACGACACACAGACAAACUGGAAAUGGAAUUGGAAUUAAUAACAGAUGAAAUGGCAAAUUUAAAAAGCGUACUAAAAGAGUAUAAAUUGCAUGCAAAUUCGUAUGAGGCACUUAAAAUUGAGCAUGAAAAAGAUCAGCAAGAAUUAGAAACGGCAAAUUCUCGCAUUAAAGAAUUAGAAUACCAAAUAGCUUCGUAUGAAGAUUGGAAGGAAAUAACCAAGAAAUCUCAAACUCGUUUGCUAAGUAUACCAGAUAUGGAUAAAGAGCUCGAGCGUUUGCGCACGAAUAAUAAAAAUCUGCAGGAAUUACUGGGAAACAAAUUGCUACUGGAGGAACAAGUGCAUGACCUAAAGGGACGUUUAGCGCGGGAAGAGGGUGGGCGCAAUGAAGCAGUGGCUUUGCAAGUAAAACUUUCGCAUAUGGAACAAGAGCUAAAAGAAUGGGUGAAGGUGGCACAGGACCAUUGUCUUGCCAACAUGUUGGUCAGCCCGAUGGCCUUGCGUUCGCGCAUUGAACAGUUGCUCCAAAAUGAUAUAAUCAUGAUAAGUGAAAAGCGGAGCACACAGUCGGAGACGAAGACUAUGAAAUGUGAAUUACUGGAUUACAAACAGAAAUGUGAAAUUUAUGUUAAGAACAUAGAGGAACUUAACGUGGCGCUAAAAAGGCACAAGAACUUCAAAGAACGUAUACAACGCAAAUUGUUUUUGGUUUCCAAGGAACGCGAUUGUUACAAGCAGCUGCUGGAGAAUUUCGAAAAGGAUCUUACAUUCUCCAAUGCCAACGUGGCCGCUGAUAUCGGGAAUGGCGAUGUGCAAUUGCGUUCACGUCUAGACAUGCUCGAGAAGACACUAAUAGGCUACAAAGAUAUGUGCAGCAAUUUGGAAAAAGAGUUGACGAACGCCAAGCAGUUGCCCGUCGCCGAUCAGACAAUUGAAAAUGUCAUAAGCACCGAAGCCUAUGAGCACAUAAGAAAAGAGUUGGACACGAUGAGAUUGGAAAAUGAGCGUUUGCGUCGCCGCAAAGAGGAGUUAGAAUUAGAGCUGGAACAUCGUUGCUUGAAGGGCGACUUUAGUGUGGGAAAAUAUAAAAUUGUGCAUUUGGCGAAAAAUCCUGCAGCCGAUGCUUACAAAAAUUCCGAAAAUCUAAUUGAAAAAUUGCAAGCAGAGAUUGAACGCUUAAAGCGGCGCAAUAAAAAAUUGGAAGAGGAUAAUGAAGUGACGCAAGCACGACUCAACGAAACGACGAACAUGACAAUAAAUAUCAAAGAAAUGAAUCAAUUGCGUGCCGAGCUCGAGUCUACCAAUUCAAAAAUGAAGAAAAUGAAAGAAUGCUACAAGUCAGCAAGCAUGGAAUUUCGGGAAGUUUGUUAUUUGUUGUUUGGCUAUCGAAUCGAUCGAUUGGGAUUAAAUACAAAUUACAAGCUAUCCAGUAUGUAUGCGGAAAGCCCAGACGACUAUUUAAAUUUCCGUUUGAAUGAAUCGAAUCAUGCAUUGGAUAUGCUUGAGACGCCCUAUUCGGCCACACUAAAACCGCUAAUAGAAAGUCAAUUGGUUGGAAAUAAAUCCUUACCCGCAUUUUUGAGCACCUUGACGCUUGAACUUUUCCAACGUUCCACCGUAACUAUGUCGUAAACCGGAUAUUUUGUAGCCAUUAAUACUUUUCAUCAAACAAAAAAAAAGAGUCACCAAGGCGCCGUGUUUUAAUGGGGGCCAUGUUCGCCGAUAAUAAAUUUAAGGUUUUUCAUUUCCCGUUUUCUUUUGUAAUGCAUAUAAAGAUGUAUUUAAUAAUAAUAAGUUGUUUGGCUAAGGCCGAGCUAAUUGGUUGAGUGCAA